GCGGGCCCCGGUUAUUGUCCGGGCUCCGGCGGCGGCGGCGGCGGCGGCGGCGGCGGCGGUCGGAACUCCGGGGCGGCGGCUCGGCGGCGGCUCGGCGGGAGCGAGGGCGGGAGCGGCCGAGACCAUGGCUGGAGGCAAAGCCGGAAAGGACAGUGGGAAGGCCAAGGCUAAGGCAGUGUCUCGCUCCCAGAGAGCCGGUCUGCAGUUUCCCGUGGGCCGCAUCCACAGACAUUUGAAGACUCGCACUACAAGCCACGGAAGGGUCGGUGCCACGGCUGCUGUCUACAGUGCUGCGAUCCUGGAGUACCUCACUGCGGAGGUGCUGGAGCUGGCAGGCAACGCUUCCAAGGACCUCAAGGUAAAGCGGAUCACUCCGCGCCACUUGCAGCUUGCGAUCCGUGGUGAUGAAGAGUUGGAUUCUCUUAUCAAGGCUACCAUCGCUGGGGGUGGUGUGAUCCCGCACAUCCACAAGUCUCUGAUUGGAAAGAAGGGACAGCAGAAAACCGCUUAGGGCGUCGUUUUAAGCAACCCCCUUCCUCCCCGUCAUUGUACUGUAACUGGGACAGAAGGAAUAAUGGGGGUAUGUGGGAUUUUUAAAAGAGGCGGAUGGAAAAGCCUAGACAGUUACUGUAGACACGCUCAGAGACAUUUGUACGUUCUUAGGCUCCAAGUUGGAUCAAGUACCUUUCCAUGUGGCAGCACCUGUGUGUUGAUUGGCUAGGGUCCUCCCGUGUGUUUUAUACAAAAAUGGAAUUGAUAAACCAUUUUUUACAAAAA